CUCCAGGCUGGGGGGCGGCCCGGAGGCGGCGCGGUGCGGUGCGGUGCGGUGCGGCGCGGCCCUGCCGGGUCUCCCCCUCCCAGCGCAGCUCGGCACGGCGGGCGGCCCCGCUUUCCUUUCGCGACCUCCGUUCCUCCGUGCUCCGUUCCCCAGCCGGGACUCGGCGAUGGAGCUCCACGGGUACCAACUGGAGGCGGUGGUCCCGGCCCUGGGCGGCCGUAACAGCAUCGUGUGGCUGCCCACGGGCGCCGGCAAGACCCGCGCGGCCGUGCACGUCUGCAGGCGGCACCUGGAGGGGCGGCGGGGCGGCCGGGUGGCCGUGCUGGUCAACAAGGUGCACCUGGUGCAGCAGCACUUGGAGAAGGAGUUCCACGUCCUGCGCGAUGCCUUCAAAGUGGCGGCGGUCAGCGGGGACAGCAGCCAUAAGUGCUUCUUCGGGCAGCUGGCGAAGGGCAGCGAUGUGGUCAUCUGCACGGCGCAGAUCCUGCAGAACGCGCUGCUCAGCGGGGAGGAGGAGGCGCACGUGGAGCUGACAGAUUUCUCCCUGCUGGUGAUAGAUGAGUGCCACCACACUCACAAGGAAGCCGUCUACAACAAAAUCAUGCUGAGUUACCUCCAGAAGAAGCUCAGCGGGCAGCGGGACCUGCCGCAGAUCCUGGGCCUGACAGCAUCCCCUGGCACCGGGGGGGAAACUUCCUUCGAAGGGGCUGUGGAGCACAUCCUGCAGAUCUGCGCCAACUUGGACACCGAGGUGAUCACAUCAGCACAGAAGCACACACAGCACCUGCAGAGCCAUGUGCCCCAGCCCAGGAAGCAGUACGACCUGUGCGAGGAGAGAGCGCUGGACCCCUUUGGCCAACGGCUGAAGAAGAUCAUGGCACAGAUCCAGGAGCACAUGGAGAUACCUGGACUCCCACAGGACUUUGGCACCCAGCUGUACGAGCAGCGCAUCGUGGAGCUGGAGAACAGAGCGGCAGAGAGGUUUUGUCGCAAGGCGCGGGUGUGCGCGCUGCACCUGCGCAGGUACAACGAUGCACUGCUGAUCAACGACGCCGUGCGCAUGAUGGACGCCUUCCAGUGCCUGCAGCAGUUCUAUGCUGAUGAGAGGGACACAAAGGACCCCACCGAGCGCUUCCUGGCCAACACCUUUGAGGAGAACAGGGCCACGCUGCUGGCGCUGGCUGGAGACCAGCGCUACGAGAACCCCCGGCUGAGCAAACUGGAGGAGGUCCUGCAGGAGCACUUCCAGCCCCCGGGGUCAUCUCGUGGCAUUGUCUUCACCAAGACGCGGCAGAGCGCACACAGCCUGCUCCGCUGGUUUCGGGACACGGCCCGGCUGUGCGGGCGGCACAUCAGGGCGGCCGUGCUCACCGGGACCGGCUACAGCAGCCAGGCCAAGGGCAUGACCCAGAAUGAGCAGCAGGAUGUGAUCACACUGUUCCGCAGCGGAGAGCUCAACCUGCUCUUUUCCACCAGCGUGGCCGAGGAGGGCCUGGACAUCCCUGAGUGCAACAUUGUGGUGCGCUACGGGCUGAUGACCAACGAGAUUGCCAUGGUGCAGGCCCGGGGUCGUGCCCGUGCCCAGAAAAGUGUGUACUCUGUCCUCGCCAAAGCCAGCAGCCGGGAGGUGUUCCGGGAGCAGCUCAAUGAGAAACUGGUGGAGCUCAUGGAGAGGGCCAUCAGCGCAGUGCAAGCCAUGCCUGAGCGGGAGUACCGCCUGAAGAUCCUGGAGUUGCAGAGAAAUGCUGUUCUCAGCUGGAAAGUGAAGGAAGACAGGAGCAGCGAGAGGCAGCAGCUGCACGACCCGGAUGACGUUUAUUUCCACUGUGUCAACUGCAACGAGGCCGUGUGCCGCGGCAGCGACAUCCGCACAGUGGAGGCCAUGCACCAUGUGAACAUCAACCCCAACUUCAGGUUUUAUUAUACAGUCUUACCUGGGAAAAUACACUUUGAGCGGACUUUCAGGGACUGGGAGCCCGGGUGCCGCAUUGUGUGCAGUGAGUGCAGGCAGGAGUGGGGAAUGGAGAUGAUCUACAGGAACGUGACGUUACCCAUCCUCAGCAUCAAAAACUUUGUGGUGGUGACCCCGGAUGAGAAGAAGAAGUACAAGAAGUGGAGCAGAGUGACGUUCCCCAUCGAGGAAUUCAGCUACCUGGAGUACUGCUCCAGCACCCAGGACGAGUCCCUGUAGUGCCGGCUCACUCAGGGCUGCUCCCAGGCCACACCUGGGGCGGGGGGAACCUUUCCAUCGCCUUUGAGACACGACAUCGCUUCAGGUUCUGCAGGCGGCUGCAUCUCUCUGCUCUCUGCAGCCGCAAUCCUGCGGGAGUGAGCGCAGAACUCUGCUAAAGGCCUUGCAGGGCCGGGGCAGCCCGUGCUCCCGCUCCGGACAGCGGCUGCCGUCCCUGCGGUGCUGGGGCUGC